UGUAAACCUAAUCCAAAAAAUGUCUUCGAUUGUACACACAGGGGAGUGGCUCUUAGAGGCAGUGUGUCUCCCUCUGGUGGCAGAAAAACUGGACCACAGGUUCGAGAGCGAACCACAGUCCCCUCUCGAGGUGUCCAGCUCUAUUAUAUAAAGCAGGAGAAAGGAUUUAGGAAAAUAAAGACAAAGCGUCUCCUUUAUGAGCACCAAUGCGCCGUGGCCUCACACCGCUGAAGCAGGCCAGAUGGCAAGAAAAUCCACAGAGAGACACCGCAGCAGCACUCGCUUCCAUGUUGUGACAACAGCAGCUUGUUUUAAUGCUGAAACCUGCCCCUUGUAGGUGUGCACCAGGUAGGAGUCAUCUUUAAGACCUUCAGGUAAGGUUAAAUAUUGCGGGAAAUGUGCACGCUAUGUCCUCUCAGACCAUGUGGGACACACCCGCCCUGCCCCGAGGAUCAUGGGAAGGCGGUUUUAGGUCUUUCAGGGAGCAGAUGAGACACAGAUGAUCAUGAGGCGGUUUUUCCGAGCACACCGGGACGAGGACUUCAGUCAGAUCCAGUAUCUGACGGCCAAGUGCACCCGCCUAGCUCAUGACAAAGCGGUGUUGGACAGAGAGUUUCUGGUGUCCCGAGAGAGGGAGAGAAGGCUGCAGAAUGAUCUGGAAGCUGUGACCGCCCAACUCCUCAAGCAAGACCAGCUCAAUAUGGACCUCAGGAUGAACCAGACCCAACUCAUCAGCAGGAUCCAGCAGCAGCAGGACCUGGUGAACUUGCUUCGGCAGCGCGUGGUCCUGCUAGUGGAGGCGAGCUCCCGGGAUGCAGAGCUACUGCGGCAGGUCGGCGCAGAGCUGCUUUGCCUGCAGAGCUCUGAGGUGAAGCUGGAGAGCCUGGUGGAGGAGCUGCAGGCUGAGGCCCAACACAGAACUGAGGUGGCAGAAAAUCUCCAGACAGAGCUGUACGCUGAGGCCCAGCACAGAGCUACACUCACUGAGAGCCUCCACGCAGAGCUGCGCAGUAAGACAGUGGAGCUGGAAAGGCUAGAAGAAACUAACAGGAUGCUGACAGAAGAGCUGACGGAUCUCCGCAGAACUUAUCAGAAGGAGGUGAGGGAACUGCAGCAGGAAAAUGAGGGAAGCCUGAGGAAACUUCAGGAGACGGCAGAGCAGUUCGAGUGGCUUUGUCAGCAACAGCGUUACUGGAUGUCUUGUGUGAAGAGGUUCAAAGACUGCCUCAUGGAGGAGAGAGAAGCUCUGCUGCGACAGGUCAGCAGGUUGGAAAAGAAAGCUGAGAAACUAAAGCGUUCACACGACGGCAGUCCAACACGGAGACUUGUCUGCCCCCUUCAGGACGCCGAGGGCUGUGACAGCAGUAUAAUAUCAUGGGAGGCAGACACAGUGACCAACCUGGAGUCUCAGGUGGAGAAGUCAAACAUGCUGUGCGAAGAGCUCCUCGACCAGACCUUCAUUACAGUGCCAAUAUUCAUUCGAGUAUGGUUGCCAGUCCCCAGAGGAGCUGCCGUGCUGUCAGUUCUUCCAGAAAUUACAAGUGUGCUUUGGAUAAACGUGUCUAACAUCUCUGCUGUGGAUCGUCUAAAGGGCACACUUUAAGGCAGGGAGCCCUAUCGACGGAUACCAAAAACCUCCAUGAGGACAGAAGCCUGGAUGUCUUUGCUUUCUUUUCUCACUUUCUGCAAGCCAGGAGAUGCAAUGUUUUAUGUGUUUGUGGUUAGCUUACCUUCCAGUCAUUGUUUUGAAAAACCAAACACCCUUGGAAAAACACACCCGUGAAACCACACACGCAUUGUUUUGUUUCCACUAUUGUUCAUCGUGAUAUAUGACCGAAUUAAAAUACAAUGUGCUCCUGUCCCGCUUUUGGUGUCACACAUGCACAUCACAUGUGCCUCGACUCUGUCUGGUCACAUUUUUCAGUAAUUGUCCAUUGUUCAAACCUUGUAAUCAACACCACUAACAAGAGCACAAGCACCUGCAAAUGUUCUCUUUUGUUGUUUUGCCAAUGAAACGUUGCAGGACAACCAGCAGCUGGCGUGCAGAGGAAACAACAAAUAUU